AUGGGUAUUGCACUAAGGUAUUGGGAUCCUUGUUUAUUUACCUUUCAGUUGCUGGUAAGUGUAGGAGUUCCAGAAAAAUGGCAAAUUGUGGAUGUCUACGGACUGGACCAAGACUUGCUGGCAGUUGUGCCACGUCCGGUGGUGGCUCUCAUCUUUCUGUUCCCAACCUCUGAUAAGUAUGAAGAGCAUCGAAUAUCACAAGAAGGAGAGGUACAAGCCAAGGGCCAAACCGUUUCACCAGAUGUGUACUAUAUGAAACAGUUUGCACAGAAUGCUUGUGGAACUAUUGCCUUGUUACAUAGCAUUGGCAACAACCUUGAUAAGAUUCAGUUAGGAGAUGGCUGUUUAAAACAAUUUUUCGAAGACACCAAGCAGGCUACUCCUGAAGAACGUGGGGAGAUGUUGAUGAAGAAUGCGGGGGUGAUCAAUGCCCACCAGGAGCUCGCUCAGGAGGGCCAAACUGAGGCUCCCAGUCCCAACGAACCUGUCAACUUCCACUUUGUUGCUCUUGUGUGCAAGGAUGGAGAUCUUUAUGAAUUGGAUGGCCGAAAAUCAUUUCCUAUCAAUCAUGGACCUACAACUCCCGAUUCCCUUCUUGAGGAUGGAGCCAAAGUGAUUCGCGAGUACACUUCUCGUGAUCCUGACGAUAUCCGCUUCACUGUCGUAGCUCUGACAGCCACAGACUAGAAGUCUACAAGCUUAUUACGGCCUAUUAUAUUAAAAGAGUUCCUUAAUGGCUUAAAGAAAUGUGUGCAUUUUAUGUUAUUCUGCUUUAUUUUUGCGACUGUUACAGAGCAUUGAUAGUAUUAUUUUCGUUUUUUAAUAAAGUACCAAUUAAGGAGAUCUGAUAAAAGCUAUCAGCAGGCCUGACUGUAGGGCUAUCAGAUUCUGGCAGUGAAUUAAAUUAUAAAAUUAUACUUAUUUAUUUGAUAUUUUAAUUUUGUAACAGUUACUUUCAUUUUAGCAGAAUCGAAUGCAUUUCAUAAGAAUUGUGUCCGUAAGACGUUUUUAUUGCAAUUAUCCAAUAAUCACUUACGUCUGUUUGUAGAAGAACAUUUUACACUGAUAUUAUGUUAAUCUUUAUUUUAUUAUAUGAGAACAUUUAUUUUAUAUUUAGAUUUAUUUUAAUUUUUGUUAAUUUACAUUUACAAACAUACAAGCCUUUCAAUACUGUCCAAAUUACACAGUAAACGCAAUUCUAGCAAAAAUGAAUAAAAUACUUUAUAAAUAAAUUCAUGUUUUCUGUUCCUUAGUAGCACCUAUUAAUCUGUUAUUUCUUAUUAUCAAUGCUCUAUGAUGUCAUUUAUACAAAUAUUGUUCUACUUUGUAUUUAUGUGUCUGUAUGUAUCUGUAUGAACUAUUUUUACCCAAGUAAUAAAGCCUUGCCUUAUAAAACGUAGGUGUCACAACUACAGAUCUUAUAUUACUUACAACAAUAUACAUCUUUAUGUCUACAUAAAACAAAUACUUUGAAGCAA